AUCUUCCUACAGGAUUACAGUGACUGAGUGACCGAGUAUACUCUGAUUGCACGUUCAGGUUUGUUUUUCCUGGUACUGCUAUUACGGCUUGUUAGACCUUAAAAUCAAGAGAUGGAAGGCCAGCAGUAAGUCUUGGGGUGACUCAUUUCAGGGCCCUGCUCUCUGCAUUAGGUGCCUGUUUUAAUCCAUGGAUAAAUUUGGGAAGAUGUGGAACAGCUUAAAGUACAAGUGCCAGAAUUUCUUUAGCCAUGAAGGUGAAAACAGAAGUGAAGAUGUUGAUGUUGGUACAAAUAGUUGUAGUCCUGCUAAAGAUAAAAGCACUAGUCCCUCUGAUCAAUCACAUCAUGUGUAUAAACCCUUGAGAAACAAUGUCAGUUUAGCUGUAAACCCUUCACAAAAUUCAGUGAGAAGGCGGAAUCAUAACUGCGUUUCCAACACCCCACAGAUUGUUGAAGUAUCUUUAGAUAAAGAAAGUGAAGAUUUUUGUAGCACUACAGGGUCUAGACUUGUACGAAGGGACUCUUAUUCUCGACAUGCUCCAUGGGGUGGUAAGAAAAAGCACUCCUGCUCUACAAAACUACAGAGCUCAUUGGACUCAGACAGAUGGCUUACCAGAACAAGAAGUGGGUUACAAAGAAGAGAAAGGAGAUAUGGUGUCAGCUCAGUUCAUGAUAUGGAUAACAUGUCCACCAGGACUGCUGUAGCAGGGCAUUCUGUACGACAACGUUUACAAGAUACUAUUGGGCUUUGUUUCCCAAUUCGAACUUAUAAUAGACAUGCAAGGUCUUUCGUUUCAAAUAAAAGAAAGAUCCACUUGUCUGAACUGAUGCUUGAAAAAUGUCCUUUUCCUGCUGGAUCAGAUCUGGCUCAAAAAUGGCACUUGAUUAAACAGCAUACAGCUCCAGUGAGCCCACAUUCAACUUUUUUUGAUACAUUUGAUCCUUCCUUCGUUUCUACAGAAGAUGAAGAAGACCGACUCCGGGAGAGACGAAGGCUUAGUAUUGAAGAAGGGGUUGAUCCCCCCCCUCAUGCUCAAAUACAUACAUUUGAGGCAACUGCACAGGUUAAUCCGUUGUACAAACUGGGACCAAAGUUAGCUCCUGGGAUGAGUGAACUCUCUGGAGACAGCCGUACUCUGUCCUUAAGUGACUGUGACCCUGAGGAGGACACAACAACACUCUGUUUGCAGUCACGUAGGCAGAAACAGCGCCAGGUAUCUGGAGACAGUAAUGCAAACUUCAGCCGACAAGGGCCUUGGAAAGUUCACACUCAGAUUGACUACAUUCACUGUUUAGUACCUGAUCUGCUUCAAAUCACAGUUAAUCCCUGUUACUGGGGUGUAAUGGACCGUUAUGAAGCAGAGGCUCUUUUAGAGGGCAAACCUGAGGGUACUUUUUUGCUCAGGGAUUCUGCUCAGGAGGACUACCUUUUUUCUGUGAGCUUCCGUCGUUAUAAUCGAUCCUUGCAUGCACGUAUAGAGCAGUGGAAUCAUAAUUUUAGCUUUGAUGCUCAUGACCCUUGUGUGUUCCACUCCUCCACAGUUACAAAGCUUUUAGAACAUUAUAAAGACCCCAGCUCCUGCAUGUUUUUUGAACCUUUGCUAACAGUACCCCUUAACAGGACUUUCCCUUUUAGUCUACAGCAUAACUGCCGGGCAGUAAUAUGUAGCUGUACCACAUAUGAUGGAAUAGAUGCACUUCCACUGCCAACCCUACUGCAGGAGUUCCUAAAGGAGUAUCAUUAUAAACAGAAAGUUAGGGUCCGGUGGUUGGAACGGGAAACACUGAAGGUCAAGUGAAAACAACACUAUGCUAGGAUUUUGCUGGCUCUUGUAGUUGCACUACAUUUUAGCUUUUUUUUUUCUGUUGUACUUCCCAAAAAUAUGCUUUACUGAAGUUCAUGUGGCAGUGUUUAGGUUUAUAGCAAAAUGGUGCUUUAACUUUAUUAUUUCACAUGCUUUUUAAAUGCGUAGUUCAUUGCUACAACUUCUUGAAACAAAGUAAAACGAGAAAUUGCAUGUGUACAUCUGUACCUGAGCUUUCUGCUAAUUUGUACAUUUUGUGUUGUCUUUUGUGAAGCUGCAGGUUACAGUCAGUAACCCUGGAGCACACAUGCAAAGAAAGGAGAGUAGCUGGUGCUUAAGUAAUUGUUAUUGUGUGUAUCAUUGAUGUGCAAUGCAUAUUACACAAAUCAUUUCAAAACUCUUAGUUUGACAAUAAGACUGCUUACUGUUUAGGAAGAAACCACCGUCUCCAUUUUUAUCUUACCAAGUUAAAAUACAUCAUGAACUCUCAAAAUCAUCUGAUUUCUUUAACUAGCACUUGGAAAACAAAGAUUUCAGAAAAAAGGGGAGGGUGGCACAUAGGUAAAUAAA